AUGGUUCCCGUGGCCUAGCGCCGCCGGUCACGUGGUUUCCUCCUCGGACUGCUGGCGGGAGGCGGCGCGCGCGCAGGCUGUCAGAUCUAUCUGUAUGUGAAUUGCACAAAGAUGGACAGUGAGGUUCAGAGGGAUGGAAGAAUCCUGGAUUUGAUUGAUGAUGCAUGGAGAGAAGAUAAAUUACCCUAUGAGGAUGUAGCAAUACCAUUGAAUGAGCUUCCUGAACCAGAACAAGAUAAUGGCGGCACAACAGAGUCAGUAAAAGAACAAGAAAUGAAAUGGACAGACUUGGCUUUGCAAUAUCUGCAUGAAAACGUUCCGCCAACAGGAAACUAGAGAAUCAGUGUUAUGUCAUGGGAUGGUUUCAAUACAAGAAGAUGUUUUCCAGCAGAUCUUCACCAUCUCCUGUCCAACUGCUUAAGAAGGAAUCAAAACCUUUAAAAACCUUCUAGUCUCAAACAGAAGCAAAGGCCCUAAAAGGCCCUAUGUAACCAAUGUAAAAUAACUGACAUUCUAAAGCUGCGGGGAGGUAGCAGAGUGCUUUUUCACUUACACAAAAAUAUUUGGAGUCCUGUUGUGUUGACAACUUCUUUAUAAGUUCAUCUUAAUUGUCUUUUGCAUAUGAUCAAAGAGGUAGUUAUCACUGCCUGAAAGCUGAUCAUUGAUCUCAGAAGUGAUUCAGUGAAUAUUUGUGGUCGCUUUGAUGUUUUAUAGACUCAAAGCUAUUCUUAUAUGUUUUGGUGCUGCUGUUAGAGAUCAUGGUGCAAAACCUGAGCAAUUAUGAACCAACUUUUACUGCCUUUAACUUGUUUGUGACACAGGAAGGUUGUUUUGGGACUGAGAGAAAGAUUAAUUAACAGGGUCUGAAAGGGACUGAAAUUUAUCUGUAAACACAAAUGAGCAUGGGAAAGAAAUUCUUUAUACGGUAAGCAGUCUUGGAGUUUGCCUAGUCUGGUUGGAGCACAUUCCCAACACAGACAUCCUGUGGUAUGUUUGCUAACCAUACUGUAAAAGAGCACAAUUUAUAUUAAAAGGCUUUGUUAGUGUUGACUCAAAGUAAUUGCCCUUUUAUGUAUGUUCGUGAAUUAUGUGGAAAGUAUUGCUGACCUCAAUUCAAUUCCCGUGAACAGGUGUCCACACCAUUCUUGGCACCCUUAUUAACAGUCUCAGGUAGGACUGUGAGUAAACUGUCAUCUCAGCCAUAGAGAUGGUGCCUGCAGAAAAGGAUGGAGACAUGUUUAUUUUAAAACGUGGUCAUUGAGAUAAGCAGCUGAAAUGCCCAUUGAAAUCAAUAAGAGUUGUAACUGCUUACUCCAGGGUUGAAUUUGGCUCAUCACGAGAAUACCAGCCAACAAUAGGCAUACACUUAACAUUAGCAGAAGUAUGCCUAGCAAUAGAUACACACACAAUUAAAACGGAUAUUACAUACAAAAACUACAUUAAGAGAAUGGUUUCAGAGUAGCAGCCGUGUUAGUCUGUAUCCGCAAAAAGAACAGGAGGACUUGUGGCUCCUUAGAGACGAACAAAUUUAUUUGAGCAUAAGCUUUCGUGAGCUACAGCAUGCAUCCGAUGAAGUGAGCUGUAGCUCACGAAAGCUUAUGCUCAAAUAAAUUUGUUCGUCUCUAAGGAGCCACAAGUACUCCUUUUUAUUAAGGGAAUGUUAUAGUUGCAAAGUCAAACGUGAAAGUUAGGAAAUGCCAGAAUAAAGGUUCCUUGUGUAACCUUAAUUCUGCCCCCCUUUGCAUACUUACUAUGAAUGGUGUGAUUCUACUUUUUCUACAGGUCCCUGCAUUAUUCAGAACACAGAAUCAACAGGGCACCAAGAUUGAAUUAGGGUUGUGCAGCUGACACUGCAUUUGGGGCUUCAUAGGAGACCUCAUGACUGAUGUUGUGCAGGAACUGCAUGCAUUGGCUACUCUGACAGUACAGUAAUCUCUCCCCAACCACCUUUUAUCCACCAAUGGGGCUAUGCUGGCAGGCCCUCUGGUGGAGGGGAAUUUGUGGGUAACUUGUGCCAUUGCAACUGCCUUCUAGAUAGACUUCCCGCUUCUGGGCACAGUCUGUACCUGUGUAACCUAGGACUUACUCUAGCCCAUAGUGUAAUUUCUUCAUAUUUUGCUGUAGCAAAUAUACUCAGAGUCUUGGCCCUGCUGAAAUGAAAUAUUUUCUCUUGGCUAGAAACUUUAACCUAAUUUAAAUAUGAAGAUGUAGGAAAGCCGAAAUCUUUUUAGAAACAGCAGAAUAAUUAUAUGUAAAGAUCAGGAAAACAAGAGCAACCAGAUAUGGAUAGUGCUUGGUGCAGGGAUUGUAUUUUCAUUGUCUGUGUGUAUAGCACAGUGGGCCCCAAUCAUGUGAAGCCUCUAGGCACUCCUGCAGUACAUAUAAUAGAAAAGUUUGAUUAAAACAACACUGACAGCCACUGUAAACGUGUUAUUACUUAUUAGCUUUCCUUUCAGUAUCAGUGAUUAUGAUUUAAGUACAUCACUGUGAUUUAAGAAACAAGUUCAAUCAAGCUACAUUUAAACCAAGCUAGCCUCUUGAAAUCCAGCAGGGGGAGAAGAAGGACCUUCCUUUGUAAUGUCUGGACAGCAUUCAACAUGCUGUUCAGCUGAUGCACUGGUUAACAGACUAUAGCCAGUAGAGGGCACAGAAGCAGUGAUUUGCUUAUUUAUCUCAAGACCUGACACUUAUUUAAGGGUAUGUCUACACUACAGAAAUAGGUUGAAUUUAUAGAAGUCAAUUUUUUAGGAAGUGAUUUUAUACAGUAGAUUGUGUGUGACCCCACUAAGCACAUUAAGUCAACGGAGUGCAUCCACAGUACCAAGGCUAGCGUUGACUUUCGGAACAUUGCACUGUGAGUAGCUAUCCCACAGUUCCCGCAGUCUCCGCCACCCAUUGGAAUUCUGGGUUAAGCACCCAAUGCCUGGUGGGGCAAAAACAUUGUCGCAGGUGAUUUUGGGUACAUGUUGUCUGUCGCCGCUCCCUCCGUGAAAGCAACGGCAGACAAUCGUUUCGCGCCUUUUUUCCGUGCGGACGCCAUAUUGCUUUCAGCAGACGGUGCAGUAGGACUGCUAACCAUCGUCAUCGAACCACCGCUUCCGCUGCAACUCUGCUCUCCUGGUGCCAUGAAUCCACCUCGCAGGUCCUCUAUAUGACAGUCGUCAUCCACCACUUCCGCUGCAACUCUGCUCUCCUGCUCUUGUUUCUCCAUACCAUGGCAAGCAUGCAGCCCGCUCAGCUCACCGACACCGCUGCUGUUGUGUCCUGGUGCUGCUGGCAACAGAUGGUGCAGUAGGUCUCCAAAACUGGUCAUCCAACCACCGCUUCCGCUGCAACUCUGCUGUCUUGAUAGUGAAUUUCUCCAUGUUGGCUGUCAUGGGCUCCCACUUCCGCUGCAACUCUGCUCUCCUGCUCUGAUGAAUCCACCUCACAGGUCCUCUCGUCUUUCUCUAUAAAUAUUUGUUCUAGUGGCACCCAUCAUCAGCCACCGCUUCCGCUGCAACUCUGCUCUCCUGCAGAUGCCAUACCACGGCAAGCAUGGAGCCCGCUCAGAUCACCGUGGCAGUUAUGAGCAUUGUAAACACCUUGCACAUUAUCCUGUAGUAUGUUUAGAACAAGAACCUGCAAAGGCAGGCGAGGAGGCGAUGGCAGCGCGGUCACGAGAGUGAUGAGGACAUGGACAUAGACUUCUCUCAAAGUAUGGGCCCCGGCAGUUUGGACAUCCUGGUGGCAAUGGGGCAGGCUCAUGCUGUCGAAUGCUGAUUCUGGGCCCACGAAACAAGCACAGACUGGUGGGAUCACAUAGUGUUGCAGGUCUGGGAUGACUCCUAGGGGCUGCGAAAUUUUUGCAUACCUUAGGGCACUUUCAUGGAAUUUUGUGAUUUGCUUUCCCCUGCCCUGAAGCACAAGAAUACCAAGAUGAGAGCAGCCCUCACAGUUCCCAAGCAAGUGGCGAUAGCCCUCUGGAAGCUUGCAACGCCAGACAGCUACUGGUCAGUUGGGAAUCAAUUUGGAGUGGGCAAAUCUACUGUGGGGCCUGCUAUGAUCCAAGCAGCCGACCAAUCACUGAGCUGCUGCUAUCAAGGGUUGUGACUCUGGGAAAUGUGCAGGUCAUAAUGGAUGGCUUUGCUGCAAUGGGAUUCCCUAAAUGUGGUGGGGCGAAAGAUGGAACGCAUAUCCCUACCUUGGGACCGGAGCACCAAGGCACCCAGUACAUAAACCACAAGGGGUACUUUUCAAGGGUGCUGCAAGCACUGGUGGAUCACAAGGGACGUUUCACCAACAUCAACGUGGGAUGGCUGGGAAAGGUACAUGAUACUCGCAUCUUCAGGAACUCUGGUCUGUGGGAAUGGCUGCAGCAAGGGACGUACUUUCCAGACCAGAAAAUAACUGUUGGGGAUGUUGAAAUGCCUAUAGUUAUCCUUGGGGACCCAGCCUACUCCUUAAUGCCAUGGUUCAUGAAGCCAUACACAGGCACCCUGGACAGUAGCCAGGAGCUGUUCAACCAUAGGCUGAGCAAGUGCAGAAUGGUGGUAGAAUGUGCAUUUGGACGUUUAAAAGCGCGCUGGCACAGUUUACUGACUCAGUUAGACCUCAGCGAAACCAGUAUUCCCAUUGUUAUUACUGCUUGCUGUGUGGUCCACAAUAUCUGUGAGAGUAAGGGGGAGAUAUUUAUGGCGGGGUGGGGAGGGAGGUUGAGGCAAAUCGCCUGGCUGCUGAUUAUGUGCAGCCAGACACCAGGGCGAUUAGAAGAGCACAGGAGGGCGCGCUACGCAUCAGAGAAGCUUUGAAAACCAGUUUCUUGGCUGACCAGGCCACGGUGUGACAGUUCUGUUUGGUUCUCCUUGAUGAAAACCUGGCCCCUUGGUUCACCCUACUUCCCUGUAAGCCAACCGCCCUUCCCUCCCCCUUCGAUCACCGCUUGCAGAGGCAAUAAAGUCGUUGUUUCAAAUUCA